CUUUGCUCUGCGCAUUCCUGCUUUAUUGUUGGGCUGGAUCGGUUUGGCUUUGUUUUGUUUUGAAGUCGUACAUUUAUUGUUCGCAGCUCUGGGUGAUCUGUGCAGUAAGACGGGGAUAGCAGUGGAAGCAAUAAAUACACGGUGGAAGUCUCUGCUAAGAUUGUGUUGGAAGAAAUGGUGUGGGAGGGGUUCGUUCUUGAAGAGGCUGGAACAAUGAAUGCAAAAAAAGAAAAUUGAUUCUUUAUCCUUCCUCCUGGCCGUUUUUUUGUUUUUGUUUUUUGACGACAAGCUUAGUAAAGCUGGAUUUUUAUUUAUUUUCCAAAGGCUAGACUAGUUACUUUUUCUCUGUUACUGAUGAAGGAAAGGGGCUCAUAGGGAAUGAAUUUAUACCUGCAACACUAUGGGUUUAAUUAAAAUGUGACUAUAGUCCGCAAAAGUUUAUGUGGGAAUAAAUGCAUUAGUCUUUAUGUUGCUACUAGCCUCUUUGUUGAUAGGGCUCCUGGCUCACUGCCCAUAUACUUAACUUGCCACGGAAUGAAUUUAUGUGCAAGAGAGAAUGAUCCAGGCUCAUCUGGAGUGAGUUCAUUUGGAAGGAUUUGUACAGCUUUGUGCAGACCAAGAUAAAGAUUUUUGAGGAUGGGAAGUUUUAGACAGCGUCAAGGAAACUGGCAGGUGGCUCUGGGGGAUAUUAUUUGGCUUUAAAUGCGAGAGAUCCCCUAUAGAGUUGUCUUUUACUAAUUGGGAGAGGAUAGGGGAAAGGUGCAGUGGGGCAGAAGAGAAUAUAAUCGUAUCUGUGGGGUGGGAGGCAAUGAACAAGAUCUGUUUCUGGAGGGAAGUGUAUGAUAGAGGUGACCAGGCAGUGUUUUGUGGUGACUGUGUGGUUUUCAGAGUUAGCAGGUUGCUAUAUUAAGAAGGGAGUAGGCAGGUGAUGCAUUUGAAUGAAGUUUCUUGUACAGGUUUCUUAGGUUUGACUGGGAUGGGAGGAAGGCACCAUAAAAAUAGUAGCAGGGUCAGGGGGAAAGGCAGUAAGAACGGGGGCUUGGGGCAGAUGGGUGUGGUAAGUAAAACUAGGUAAAGUUGCCUAUUGAUCUGGAAGAUCUGUGUGUUCUUUGGCUGUGUUGAUGGGGGGGGGGAGACACAUAAACACCUGGAAUUUAACAGUGAUAGAGGGUGACAUUUUUAUGGGCAAAUUCACAGAGGGAAGAAAUGGGAGGCUGAGUCUUUCUUUACAUGCAGCAUCUAAUGUUAUCAGGAUCUUUUAUGUAUUGGAGUGCCUUUGUUAGGCUGGUCCAGACAGAUGUGUGAUAGCAAUUGUGCUGUUCUCAUGUAUAAAUGGCAUAUGCCUUGCUUCAUGCUCUGGUUUCGAGUUGAGUUCUUUUAUAUUUGGAGUUCAGCAUAGCACUGACCCAAGGCUCAGAACAGAAUCAUGGUAGUCAUUUUUCUCCCGAGUUGAACAAAUUCACUUUAUUUGCAUAAUAUAUGGAGGAACUGAAACUAGGUGCAUUUAGACUCGGGGAGAACUUGUUUUACGUGUCUGCACAUGUGUGUGGGGGGUGCAAGAGAAAGGAAGAGACUACUAAUAAGGGAUGAUCCCAAUCAUACGGAAAUCACAGAGGAAUCCGAGAUCUGGCAAGAUUAUGUGCUGACCUGCCCUUAAAUAGUCAGGAGAGGCUAUCAAAAUGUGUUAACCACUUGUGCAGCCUGAUGCCGUGCAUGUUUACUUAAAAGCAGGUCCUCUUUGUUUUGAUAGGUCUUACUCCCAAGCAUGUGUGAAUAGAGCUGUAGCUUGAGGGUGGUUCUUGCUGGUGAAUCCAUCUCUGUGUGUGCUGCUGCUGCCCCCUUCAGUCUUUGGAAAGUUGCUGUGUUUUGUGUACAUGACAGCUCUCUUUCCGCCUCUCUCAGCAAGCGUCUCUGUUAGUUUCUUGGGAAAAGGGCAGUGGGGCAAGUCCUUCCUGGUCUUGCCAGGAAGAGGAUUCAAGUCCGUGUUCUAUUCCUUGCUUUUGCUUUCAUUGGAUAGCUUGAUUAUCCAUUUUUAUCUUUUUUCAGUUUCUUUUGGGUGGACAGUUCAGAGAAAAGUGUAGAAUGGAAUGUUCAAAGAUUAUCCAGUUCUUAAUUGUACAGCUCUUAUUGCCACGGGCUAGAACAAAUCAGGACUAGAAUCCUAAGUUCUAUGAUUAAUAUUAAAGUGGCUGUUAGGUUGUAAUACACCUUUCAACUGUUAAAAUGACUACAUAGAUUUUUCUCUCUCUCUCCUCACCCUGCCCGCUAAGAUGAAGGACAUGGGUGUCGAAGAGCAAAUGAGCAGUUGGCUCUUCAAGCAGCUGAAAUUCCAUUUGGAGCAGGAGUGGAAGUACCAGCCUCGUGAAAAGGGACUGAGUCUGAUCGAGUGCACUGCUGAGAAUGAAAACACCUUAUGUCCAAGACUAAGGAAUGCAAAAGUAGAAGAUCUGUGGAGCCUCACCAGCUUCUUUGGGUUUGCCACAGAAACGUUUGUCUUGGCUGUCAACAUUCUAGACAGAUUUUUGGCACUUAUGAAGGUGAAACCUAAGCAUUUGUCCUGCAUUGGAGUCUGCUGUUUUCAGCUAGCUGCUCAAGUCGUUGAAGAGGAAGGCAACAUUCCGUCCCUCCAUGAUGUCAUCCGGAUUAGCCAAUGCAAAUGCACUGUGUCGGACCUGAAGCGGAUGGAAAAAAUAAUAUCGGAAAAACUGCACUUUGACUUCAAAGCUACUACUGCCUUAACCUUUUUGCACUUGUACCAUACUAUUGUACUCUGUUAUACCUCAGAAAGGAAAGAAUUGUUAAAUCUCGACAAACUGGAAGCACAACUUAAAGCUUGUUACUGCCGACUAGUUUUUUCAAAAGCAAAACCAUCAAUCUUGGCCCUGUGCCUUCUCUCUCUGGAAGUGCAGACUCUGAAGUCCAUGGAAUUGUUUGAGAUUAUCCUGUGUAUUCAGAAGCAUUCAAAGAUAAGUGACAGUGACUUACUCUAUUGGAGGGAGCUGGUUUCAAAAUGCUUGGCUGAUUACUCUUCCCCUGCCUGCUGCAAGCCAGACCAUAAAAAACUAGUUUGGAUUGUUUCAAGGCGCACUGCCCAAAAUCUUCAGAACAGCUAUUACAGUGUUCCUGAGCUGCCCACAAUUCCAGAGGCUGGCUGCUUUGAUGAAAGUGAGAGUGAGGAUUCUUGUGAAGAUAUGAGCUGCGGAGAAGAAAGCCUUAGCAGUUCUCCACCAAGUGACUUGGAAAGCACUUUCUUCUUUGACCUCAAGCCGAAAUCCAAGUGGCAGCCUCUCUCCUUUGACUCAGUGUGAUAGAUUCAGCUCUUAAUGCGUUGUAGUACUUUAGGCAAUAAGUAUCUAAGCACUCUCUGUACCUUGGUACGUGGCCUCAUGGAGUAUCCAGGAUGUGUUCUGCGCUUUUCUCCUUAGUGAUAUGUAGCAAGGUGGAUUGACCCAAUCAAGCAUUUAAGCCUUUAUUCAGUGAGAAGCAUUAACAAGCGCACACUGUCAGAUAGGCUGCAACACUUGGUAUGUGCUUGAAUGAUGCCCUGCUGAAAUGAAAGGUUGAAUUUUAAUGAUGAAAUGUUUUAGGGAUAGGUUAAAAGGCAAAAAUUAUAUGCUAAUUUCUUUUUAGACUGAAGUACUUUAACCAAAACUUUCAUUGUUCAUUCUUUUAAACAAAGGCGCGUGUCUCAUUUUUAAAGCUUUGUUCAAUUUCAGGAAGCUUAUUUAAUCAAGCACAUGCUCAGAUUUUUAAAGAAAGAAUAAGAUGACCUUUCAAAAUGCAAACCAACCUGGUUCAAUGUUCCAGGCAUAUUUUAGUGUUAAAAGGUCUGGGACUAGCUUUCGGAUCCUCAUAAAGGAAUGAAAUGUGUUCAGAAAACUUUUGUGUUAAUGUAAAAAGUACUUAAAUUAGAAAUAUUGGCAUUCAGUGUAAAGUCCACAUUCCCAUUAACUACUAACUCUUGUAGCUUAUUUCAGUAUCUUUUAAGUUGUCAUAAGUAAAUCCAUAAUCAUAACAUGUUUGCAUGCUUAAGUGAAAGUUCUUAGCAGAAAGGCAAUUGAUUAUAUGCGGAAGUGUUGGUAAAUGUGAAGUUGAUAAAAACGGUUGUAAUGACACUUGAUUGCUUGCCAUUUUAUUCUUAAAGCACAGAUGUUAUGGUUACAUUACUUAGUAUCUUGAAUAUAUGCAAGUGAGCAAAAGAAGAAAUGAACUUUGUAGUGUAAUGAUGUGAAAGUGAUGCCAUGGUAGAUAUGAAGGUGCAAGUUAGGAUCGUGUGGCCAUUUUGUCCAGGCUGAAGUGCCGAUGUGAAUGGUGGUGACGUGUGGUGUACUCUGAUUUUUAUAAAGAAAAAACGUUUACAAAAAUAUGUAAAAAUGUAAAUUAAAACCUGUAUAAAAAUUUCAACAAAAUAAGCUGAAAAAUACUGUAUUUUUACAGUGCGUAUCUUUCUAUAUGUUGCAUGUAGAUAUUAAUUUAUUGUAUCCUGUAUAUGAUAUAAAUACUGUAUAUUGAAGGCUUGCUUUUUGGUACUACAGGCCUGAGUGUCAAAAGAUGUUUUCUGAAAUCUAUUUUCUCUCAAAAAUAACUUGGACAAUCUUUGCUUCAGUUCAAUAAAAACCAAAUGCUUUUCCAA